AUGAAGACUGAUAAUCUCAGAGGUCUUUUAUGGGUAGAUGAGAAGACGGAAGACUUCGUUGUAGUGUGGUUCUUUGACCCUGUUGGUUAUUUAUUCUUUUGCAAGAAAGGGGAUACUCAUUACACUUUCAUUCCGUUGUAUGACGAUGUCCCCAAGCUGUUAUCUGGCUUCAGUGAUCUUGUACUUCGGUGUUACCGUCUUUACAUUGCUACUACUCAUCGUUGCGUUCGAGUUCUAGAUUUGUCUGGACAUCAAGCAUUGCCGUUACAAUCAAUAGCAGGAGAGGUUUUGUUAGUCGAGAGCACGAACUUUGAAAACCGUAGGAGCUUCCGUCUCUACAAGAAGGAUCCUAAUGCAGAUCUAAAUGAAUACAGCCCUGAUCUUCUUGAGGUCGAUUCUGUUGGUGAUGAAGCCCUGCUUCUCGACUUGGGUAUUAUCGUGCCUGCUAACCAUACCAUUGGUAUCAAACCAAACACUAUCUAUUUCACCCGUCAUGAUCGUGCCCGUCUUCGUAUCCCUUUUGAUCUGGAUAUUUGUGUGUUCAAUCUUGCAACCAACACCCUCAAACGCUUCCCUCAACUCGCCGGCCUAAAUCUCAAGGAUGCUCGAUGGUUUCUCCCUUUCACUUGA